AAGAGCAAAGACCUUUCUCCCUCUAUACUCACACACCCUUCUGGUGAUCUCGUUUUCUCUCACACUGCGCUCUCUUUCUUUCUCUCUCUUCUUUCUCUCUCCUCCAUUGUUGUGCAGCGCGAGGUUCAAUUGGCACUAUCCACCAUGACCGUGAUGACUCCCGCUCCCAUUGACCAGCAGGACGACGAGGAGAUGCUUGUUCCGCACACUGAUUUGGCUGAGAACAAUCACCAACCUAUGGAAGUUGUAGCUCAACCUGAAGCUGCUAACACUGUGGAGAGUCAGCCUGUUGAGGACCCUCAAUCAUCGAGAUUCACCUGGAAAAUUCCUGAAUUUUCUAGGAUGAAUACAAAAAAGCUCUAUUCAGAUGUAUUUAUUGUUGGUGGUUAUAAAUGGCGUGUGCUCAUCUUCCCUAAAGGGAACAACGUGGACUAUUUGUCCAUGUAUUUGGAUGUUGCAGAUUCAUCUAAUUUGCCGUAUGGUUGGAGUAGAUAUGCACAAUUUAGCUUGGCAGUUAUCAAUCAAGUCCAUAAUAAGUACUCUGUGAGAAAAGACACGCAGCACCAAUUCAAUGCACGAGAAAGUGAUUGGGGUUUCACGUCCUUCAUGCCACUUGGUGAAUUGUAUGAUGCCAGUAGAGGCUAUCUUGUGAAUGAUACUCUUGUAGUUGAAGCUGAGGUUCUUGUUCGUAGAAUCGUUGAUUAUUGGACUUACGAUUCAAAGAAAGAGACAGGUUAUGUUGGGCUUAAGAACCAGGGAGCCACAUGUUAUAUGAAUUCUCUUCUCCAAACACUCUACCAUAUUCCUUACUUUCGAAAGGCAGUGUACCAUAUGCCAACAACAGAAAAUGAUAUGCCGUCUGGAAGCAUCCCUUUGGCUCUGCAGAGUCUAUUCUACAAGCUCCAGUAUAGUGAUACCAGUGUUGCAACAAAGGAACUGACAAAAUCUUUUGGAUGGGAUACCUAUGAUUCUUUCAUGCAGCAUGAUGUUCAAGAACUAAAUAGAGUCCUUUGUGAAAAACUUGAAGACAAAAUGAAGGGAACUGUUGUGGAGGGAACUAUCCAGAAGUUAUUUGAAGGGCAUCAUAUGAACUAUAUUGAGUGCAUCAACGUGGACUAUAAAUCAACUAGAAAGGAGUCAUUUUAUGACCUUCAGCUUGAUGUCAAGGGCUGUCGUGACGUUUAUGCUUCCUUUGAUAAGUAUGUUGAAGUUGAACCUCUUGAGGGUGACAACAAAUACCAUGCUGAACAAUUUGGUUUGCAGGAUGCUAAGAAGGGUGUCCUAUUUAUUGAUUUCCCUCCUGUUCUUCAGCUUCAGCUGAAAAGAUUUGAAUACGACUUUAUGAGGGACACUAUGGUAAAGAUUAAUGACCGUUAUGAGUUUCCUUUGCAACUUGACCUUGAUCGUGAGGAUGGGAAGUAUUUAUCACCUGAGGCUGAUAGGACAGUUCGCAAUCUUUACACACUCCACAGUGUUUUGGUUCACAGUGGUGGUGUGCAUGGCGGACAUUAUUAUGCGUUUAUAAGGCCAACUCUGUCUGAGCAAUGGUACAAAUUUGAUGAUGAGAGAGUGACAAAAGAAGAUACUAAGCGGGCAUUAGAGGAGCAAUAUGGUGGUGAGGAGGAGUUACCUCAGACAAAUCCUGGAUUCAAUAAUACUCCGUUCAAAUUCACCAAAUAUUCAAAUGCUUACAUGCUGGUGUACAUACGUGAAUCCGACAAGGACAAAAUAAUAUGCAAUGUUGAUGAGAAAGACAUUGCUGAACAUUUAAGGGAGAGGUUGAAGAAAGAGCAGGAGGAAAAAGAACACAAAAAGAAAGAAAAGGCUGAGGCCCACCUUUAUACUAUUAUAAAGGUGGCACGGGAUGAAGAUCUUUCUGAGCAGAUUGGAAAGGACAUAUAUUUUGAUCUUGUAGACCAUGACAAAGUUAGGAGUUUCCGUGUCCAAAAGCAGUUGUCUUUUAACACAUUUAAGGAAGAGGUCGCUAAAGAGUUUGGUAUACCAGUUCAAUUUCAGCGAUUUUGGCUAUGGGCGAAGCGACAGAACCAUACCUAUCGUCCUAACCGGCCAUUGACACACAUCGAGGAAGCACAGUCUGUUGGACAAUUGAGAGAGGUGUCAAACAAGGUUCACAAUGCAGAAUUAAAAUUAUUUUUGGAAGUGGAGCUUGGACCGGAUUUACGUCCCAUAGCACCACCUGAAAAGACAAAGGAUGAUAUAUUACUUUUCUUCAAGUUAUAUGAUCCUGAAAAAGAGGAGCUACGUUAUGUUGGAAGGUUAUUUGUGAAGAGUACUGGCAAGCCGUCAGAAAUCUUAACAAAGUUGAAUGAAAUGGCUGGUUAUGAUCCUGAUGAAGAUAUUGGACUUUAUGAGGAAAUCAAGUUUGAACCAAAUGUCAUGUGUGAGCCUAUUGAUAAGAAAUUAACAUUUCGAGCAAGCCAGCUAGAAGAUGGAGAUAUUGUAUGCUUUCAAAAAGGUCCUGUAACUGUAAUGGAUAGCGAGGAUCAUAUCCGCUAUCCAGAUGUGCCUUCGUACUUGGAAUAUGUGCACAACCGCCAGGUUGUUCACUUUCGAUCUCUUGAUAAACCUAAAGAAGAUGACUUCUGCCUGGAGAUGUCAAGGCUUUAUACAUAUGAUGAUGUGGUGGAAAAAGUUGCUCAACAGCUUGGUUUGGAAGAUCCAUCCAAGAUUAGGCUUACUCCACACAACUGCUACUCUCAGCAACCAAAACCCCAACCCAUUAAGUAUAGAGGAGUUGAACAUUUGUCUGACAUGCUGGUACACUACAACCAGACGUCAGAUAUAUUGUACUAUGAAGUACUUGACAUCCCUCUGCCGGAAUUACAAGGUUUGAAAACUCUGAAAGUUGCAUUUCACCAUGCAACCAAGGAUGAAGUUGUUAUUCAUACCAUCAGACUUCCAAAGCAGAGCACUGUGGGGGAUGUCCUCGAUGACCUCAAAACUAAGGUGGAACUGUCUCAUCCUAAUGCUGAGCUUAGGUUGCUUGAAGUCUUCUAUCACAAGAUAUACAAGGUCUUCCCUCCCAAUGAAAAGAUUGAAAACAUUAAUGACCAAUAUUGGACAUUACGAGCCGAGGAGAUUCCAGAAGAAGAGAAAAAUCUUGGUCCGCAUGACCGCCUAAUUCAUGUCUAUCAUUUUACAAAAGACACAGCUCAGAAUCAAAUGCAAAUUCAGAACUUUGGGGAACCUUUUUUCUUGGUCAUUCAUGAAGGUGAGACUUUGACUGAAAUUAAGGACAGAAUAAAAAAGAAACUUCAAGUUCCUGAUGAUGAGUUUGCGAAGUGGAAGUUUGCAUUUUUCUCAUUAGGGCGUCCUGAGUAUCUUCAAGACUCUGACAUUGUAUCCAGUCGUUUUCAGAGAAGAGAUGUUUAUGGUGCAUGGGAGCAGUAUCUUGGAUUGGAGCAUACUGACAAUGCUCCUAAAAGAGCAUAUGCAGUUAACCAGAAUCGCCACACGUUUGAGAAGCCAGUAAAGAUCUACAAUUAGAAAACUGGUAUUUGAGGCGGUAUCUCUCGACAUUGGGUGAAUUUGGCAUUCUUCUACUACAUCUAUGGGAUUGUAAAAACAGGGAAAAUAGCGAAAGGCUGCUCUGUAUAGGCAACUAGUGAAAUCAGCAAAUUGAGGUGGUGUCUGCAGGUUUUAAAUUAGAAUUGUGGUUAUGUAAUUCUUUAUGUCGACGGAGUGACAUUGCUCUCAGCACUUUGUAUCUGCCGACCACAGCCCCUUGAGCGUUUUUACAACUUCCAUUUUUGUAUGGAGGUUCUUCAAGUUGAGGUCAUUGAUCAUCAUCACUGCACUGUAUCAGUACAUAAGAUUUUUGGAUUAGUGAGUGUAUACAGGGUAUAGUUGGUUGACUCUUUUUAUUUGGUCAUUUUCUUGAUUGCUUCCAGAUUUUGUUCAGUCAGUCUAGAAAUGUUAAUUGAGGGCUGCAAAAUGGUGUAGCAGAAUUUAUGUAAUGUUGUACAAGAGACAUCUCAGCCUCCUCCAUAUAACUCCCCAUAUUAGCAUAAAAAUUAGUAUUCUGCUGCACCACCAUUCGGUCCUUCUAUUUUCCUGUUUUAACCCCCCACCUCCUUUUUUGUCUGUCAUCUAAUGUCUAGGAUGAUGAUAUCAUAGGAAACCAAUGUCCAUUACCACGUUUUCUGAUUAAUUAUAACGAUGGCUUUGUAUUU